AUGUCUUCCACCUCGUCAACCGAGCUCCUUCCUGACGCUCUCAGCGGCACAGUCGAGCGGGGUGAUCUUGCCUACAACGGCCGCAUCGUCUACCACGCCACAGGCCUUCAAGAAGACUGUACCAUCACGGCAAGCCGAAAGUUCCCACUCCACAAGGCACAAGCGCUACCAUUGAGACUGCAUUCCACGGAGAACCUCGACCAGAUGUUGAAGGACCUGCAUUACAAGUACCACGCGAACAGCGGAUGGUCACCGAGACAACAUGCUCGGUGGAUGACCUUCACGCUCAUCCAGUGCAGCAAGCUGCAGGACAGGCUCACCCAAGCGACGCGGGGGCAAGGCCGAGCAUACUUUCCUCCAUCGCGCAGCCUCGACGACGCCGACACCACUGCGAAGACGUUCGCGGAGCAUGUCGCUGGCUUGGAGAAGUUGCCCAACGCGACAUUGAGGAAGAUGAUCCGCAUCGAGAAGCGAGAUCUUGACAGCAUUCUCGAUGAGCUGUACAUCCGUCGACUGGAGUGCUCGACAAGGCCCCGAGCCAGCGAGAAAAAUCCCGAUGGACAAGCUGGACCCUGGCGCAGUUUGUCGGAGGAAAGGAGUACACCGGACUCAGCCCCAAAGAACUGGCGGCCAUGA